AUGAAUAAUUCAAUGUAUGGUUCACCAUUUCCUAAAUUGAAUCCGAAAGUACAUUACAAGACUGCUUUGGAAAGGGCUGGAUUCGAUGUCAAUCGUGGAGACAAACCUACAUCUACUACUCGUAUUCCAUCUCCUCACAAUACUUUACUCCCAUCCUCUUAUAAUAUCAAUAGUAACCAACGACAAAGUCCAGUAGUAUCAAAGAUUACGGACCAUGAUAAUGGUAAGAAGAUGCCACAUGUACCCAUGAAAUAUUCUCAAAAAAACAUGAGUAAUAGUGAUCCAAAUCUUUCAAAACAAAGAAAUAAUAAUAACUUACAAGUCCUACAUUCACAAGCAACAGGAAGUGGAUCUUCAUCCAUGAAAACCCCACCUUCUAUUACACAUAUUAGUAAUAACCCAUACAUGCCCAAUCCUAACAAUACAUAUCAUGCUUCAUCAAAUCCUGCAUUAUCAUCUUCAAAACAGCAACAACAACAACAACAACAACAACAGUUCAAUGGAAUACAGUCCUCACAUUUAUCUACAUAUACACAAAAUACAAGCAAUAAUAAUAUGACUCAAACACCGAUGAAACAAAUGAAUAAUAAUAAAUAUGAUUCUAUCAAUAAUAUAGAAAAACAUGAAAAAAUAUUAAGUCCCAUAGAAAAAAGUUUCAUGAUGUUAACACAAAAUGAUACUUCCUCACAUUUCUCCAAUCAUCAAAAUGAUCAACAACAACAACAAGAACAAGAAAAUUCAGUCCCCUUCCAAGCUCACACUCAUGAACAUCAACCAUCAUUAACAGAUAUAUCUUUCAAUAAUAACUAUGAAGAUACUUAUAACAACAAUCAUACAGCUAAUAAUGAUGAUAAUACUGAUGCUGAUAGUAUUGCAAGUUUAAACUUGCAACCACAAGCUCCUCUCAAUAUAGCUUUGGAAAGUAAACCAUUAUUCUCAUCCGCAGACGUGUCUUCUUCCGCAUCAUCAUCAUCAUCAUCAUCAUCAUCAUCUUCUGUCUCAGAAAAACUAUCCAAUUCACCUUUAACUUCACCUAUAAAAUCUUCAAAUAUUCAUCAUAAGCCAAGUUUCUCAUUUGAAGAUAGUAACUUAAAUCAUAAUCAUCCAACAGAACAGGAAACUAUCGACAAAAAUUCUAUUCAUUCUAUCCUUGAUGAAAAAACUACUAUACCGUUAUCAAUCACAAGUAGUAACGACCCUCCAUUACCCCUAGAAUCAUCCAAAAUACCCAUUCAAGACUCAAAUAAUAAUAAUAAUAAUAACAAUAAUAGUAAUGCCAUAAAUAAUGUUGAUAAUAACCAAUGGACUCAACUCAAUAUUGCCGCCAACAAUCAUUCGAAUGAUAAUAACACAACAAACGAUAAUUUAAAUGGUUUCAUAGAUACAAAUACAAGCACAAGUACAAGUUUACAAGUAGAACAACUUAUCGCUCAAUUAGAUGAUGUUUCAUUUUCAAGAAAUGAAGAAAUUGUUGCAUCUUUAAAACAAAAUCAAAAUCAAAAUCAAAAUCAAAAUGAAAAAUAUACAAAAUUGACUGCCAAUGAUAUAUCAAAACAACAUAUUAAAAAAUCAAGCGCAUAUCUAUCAGGAUUCCCAGCAUUAAGAUCAUCUACUUUCAUUCCGCCAGUAGAUGCUGAUAAUUCAUUACCAAACAUACAUCAACAAAAACAUUUAUCCACAGAUCAAUCUUCAGAAAAUACUACACCAACAACUACAAGUGGAACACCAAUUUUUUAUAAAUUCAACACAACUUUGCCAUCAUCAAUAACAACAAACAAUCCAAGUGAUUUAAAUUUAUCCCUCCCUAAGAUAUCAAUAUCACCUUCACCUUCACCAUCACCAUCACCUUCACAUUCAGAAAUCUCACCUGCAAUACCGAUACUAUCACUUCCUACUGCAUCAGUUCCUAGCAUAAAAAUACAAUCUCCGUUAAUUGAACAUUCGCGCGUCUUCCAAAAGGAUACAAACCAAAACAAUAACAUUACUACUAACUCAUCAAGAGAAAAAAAUGACUCUUUAAACGUAGACAAUAAAUCAAUAACACAGAACAUCACCACGCCGUCUAAUGGUAUUGAUAGGUCGCCAAGUGAUUUGCAUGGAAAGAAACAUGAAAAUAUUUCUUCUCCUAAGGAAAAAAAAAAAUUUCCACCAGGUGAAGGACCAUGUAGAACAUGUGGAUUAGAAAUAACAGGGAAGAAAAUUUUCUCUAAAAAUGAUAAUGAAUUAUCAGGACAAUGGCAUAGAGAAUGUUUUCAAUGUACAAAUUGUAAAAUUAAAUUCAAUAAAAGGAUCCCAUGCUAUAUCUUAAAUGAUACUCCUUAUUGUCAACAACAUUUCCAUGAAGAAAAUAAUAGUAUUUGUAAAAUUUGUUCUAAUUUUAUUGAGGGGAAAUGUUUAGAAAAUGAUAAAUUGGAAAGAUUCCAUGUGGAUUGUUUGAAUUGUUUCAUUUGUCAUAAACAAAUCUUGGAUGAGUAUUAUAUCUUUAAUGAUCAUGUCCCAUUAUGUGCUGAUCAUGAUAUUGAUGCUUUAUUAAAUGAUGGUUUGCCAACAAUUAAUAAAAAAACUGAUAACUUGGAUUUAUUUGCAAAUAAUAAUAAAAUUAUGAAAAGAAGAACAAGAUUAAUUGAUUUUUCAAAAGAACAACAAGAUGAUUUGUUAUAG